AUGUUAUCUGAAUUGUAUUCGUCAAGCAAUCGAAUACGAUUCUCCGAAGAAUUUAAAGCAUUACGAACUUUAGCUAAACCAAUAGAUGAGCUAUGGAAUUUCUUUAUGAUUUAUUUCCUAAAUACAGGACUUAUAUGGGUGUUCCAAUCUCAAUCACGUGAUGUGCCAGAAUUUG